CCGUCGAAGACGUCGUCGACUUCAAGGUUGACGUCGUGUUGGCAAACGAGAAGUCAUCCCAGCAGUCGCCGAAGGCCCGUGGAGUGCACGCACGUACGCGCAAUUCGGAGUUUUGAAGAUGUAACAUUCCUAUAGAAAUCGUUUCCCGUCAAGUCCGCAAGAAGAUGAAAAUCACAGAACAUCACCUUGGAACGACGUCAUCGCGCGCUAAACCGUCUCGUGCGCUCGAGCGUUUCAUUUGUUCAACAGCGUUGCAUCAUGUCGGACGGCACGUUAGCAUUGCUCCCUCCUGAAGUACUCGAUGUCAUAUUCUCCUACUGCGAUGUCUGGACUCUGGGCCGACUUAGCUGCGUAUGUAAGCGCUUCAACAGUUUGCUCAAGCAAAGCUACGUCUGGACCCGAAAAAGCAAGAACAUUGUCGCCACAAACCAACGCGAUCCGCGCAUGCUGCGGCGGUCGAUGCGUUUGCUGGAGGCGGAGGAGAAAAUCUGGCAAUCAGUCCGUUGGCAGACUGGGCGCUAUGAUGAGAUGGCACUGCUGAAGCACCGUGUAUUGUACAUACCAUGGCUUCAAUUGGAGCGGGAUGUGCUAUGGUACAGUCAGGGAUCUGUUAUUCUGAAAUACCAACGACGGGAAGAUGGAACUAUUGGAGAAAAUGCAUUGCUGUCACUUCGUGGAUUUCGACAUGAUGUUGUCCAUUUUGUCCGCCAAGAUGACCUGGUAGUCGGUGGGGGAAGUGAUGGCUGCCUUUGCAUCUGGUCCGCUGAGGAAGGAUCUUUGGUGCAUCGCCGUUUGAAUUGCAACAGUAAAGCCAUCAACAGUGUUGACUACCGUGGGAAUAUGGUUGUGACAGGGUCUCAAGACCGUACUGUAAACGUGUGGAAAUUGAGCGGAGAAACCUCAAUCCUGUGCUAUACUAUCUCCAUCUGGGAUCGUGUUUGCUCUGUGGCAAUUCUGGAAAAUAGCAGAGCCUUUCUGACUGGUUCUGCUGGCUGCAAUGGUGUCUCGCCACUUCAGGCCUUCGACUUAGCUACAGGGCAGCACAUCACUUCAUUUGGGACAAACCACCGCAACGGUGCUGGUGUCCUGCAUGUGUAUCCAGAGUCUGCAAUAGAGGUGCUGUCCUGUGGAUAUGACACAUUCGUACGACUGUGGGACUUGCGAUGUCCUACCAAAUGUGUUCAAGCUUGGGAGGACCCCCAUGACUCUACUGUCUACUGUAUGGCCACGGAUCACAAUGUAACUGUGCUAAGUGGUACCAGUCGUUAUGGUGUGGUGCGUCUUUGGGACAAGCGCAUGACUAAACCAGUGAACAUGUAUUACGUUGGCAAACGUAACAGCCCGGUCUAUUCAUUGGCAUUUGACCCCAGUUACAUGUACGUUGCUCUUGACCGGUCUCUCGACAUGCUGUCUUUCACGGGACCUUCGAAGGCCCCCUAAGCUGCCACCAAAGUGUUCUAGUCGACCACCUCUCCAAGGACAGCCUCUAGAAGUGCACCCGCAACUAGCGUGCCGGUCCUUUGUUUUAAAAUGCCCGUCCAUAUGUGAAAGUGGAAGUCAGUGCAGUACACUUUUUUUGUUGCCGAGUGAGAGGGAAGGGGGGGGGGGGGCAUUGUUUUUGAAGACUGGGGACAUUACUAUCAUUCAUUUGUAACCUCUGAGGUAAAUUCCUCAGAGUUUUGCUGUUGUCUUUUCAAUAAAACAUCACUGCAUCA